AUGUGUGGUAUUACUGCCGACGUCUUUGUUGGGUGCACAGUAGACAAGAUUGUCGCUUCGCGGCACUUAUUGGGCUUCCCCCCGAACGCCACAAGAACUCAAGUCUGGAUCCCACCGCAUGUCGCAUGCAUGUUUAUGAACAUGACGAUGCGGCUUGCAGACAUAAACUUGGCUCACUGGCAUCGGCAGCAGAAUAUGUCUGCGGGGCGCCUAACCGUCAAGAUUGGCGGUCACCACAAUGGCGAGCCUCCAUCGUGA